AUGAAAUUAUUAUUAUUAUGUAACGCCCAAAAAUUUAUUGGAUUGAUAAGGGCAAAAUUAAACCUUCUGGAUAAUAAAAAAAUAAACAUGAGUCGGUGCUCACAUGGAAUAGCAGAUGGUAUUAUAAAUGGCCUAAUUUUAGGUUUUGUUGCUGGUGCAACCGUUUGUUUUAUACGUUCCUGCCAUGGUAGAAAUUUAUCAGCAAUGGCAAAUGAAGGUUUGCGAUGGGCUGGAUCUGGUGCUGUUCUUUUCGGUGCUGUUGGAGCCCUUCGACAUUGUUUAUAA